GCGGUACCUCAACAAAUGGCGAGUUUCCGAGUUAUAAUUGUUGGAGGGGGUAUUGGUGGGCUCACAUUGGCGAAUUGUCUCCAACAUGCGAACAUAGAUUUUGUCCUUUUGGAAUCACGGAGGAGAUCGAUUGAGCCUCCUGCAGCCCAGAUUCUCGGGACUUCGCCGACAAAGUUCGCCCUCUUCCGAGAUGUCACUGGAAAGUACUUAUAUGAAACCUAUCUCUACGCGUUACGCCCGGCAGUUCUGAAAACACUGUACAAGUAUAUCCACGACAAGGACAAGGUUCUUGCCAAUAAACGAGUUCGCAAUAAUGAGUAUGAAGAAUUGAAGCCAGUUGUCACUUGCGAGCAUGGCUCGAAGUACUCCGGAGACAUUGUUGUUGGCUGUGACGGAGUCCACAGUGUGGUUCGCAAGAAUAUGUGGCGUAUCAAAGACUGGCAAGAGCCAGGAAAGAUUCCGAGCAGCGACAAGGACUUUUUAACGGCCAAAUGGAGGGGCCUGUAUGGUAUCUCAGGGCCAGUUAAAGGCCUCGAGACGGGUAAUGUCCAAAUCGUCGCAGGUCGAGACGCGGCUUGCUAUUGGUUUGUUCUCAAAAACGGCACUGUUAUAUGGUCUUUGAUCGAGAAAUUGGACAAGAAAUACCAUUUACCAAAUAUUCCCCGAUACGCCGACGAAGAUAAAAAGGUCUUCGCCGAAAGCAAACUCGACAAGAUCCUUGUGUCGGAUAAGGAAGAAAUUAAAUUUGGUGAUUUGUGGAAGAAUUUGGAGCUCGCUGUCCUGGUUCCUCUCGAAGAGGGAGUCCUCAGGGGGUGGACAUAUGGACAAAUUGUAUGCGUGGGGGACAGCGUGCACAAAGUCACUCCAGAAUCAGGACUCGGAACCACCCUCGUAACCGAAAGUGUAGCAUCUCUGGCCAACCAUCUCAAACGUCUCGUGGACAACAGUUCAGGGAAGAUUCCCAACCCAACCGAUAUCGAAGCUUGCUUGAAGAGCUUCGAAGCUCAUCGACGCCCACCCAACGCUCUCGGGGCAGACAGAUCCGAAAGACUGUUCUUUACCCUGGCAACUCGUACGACAAGAAUAAUAUUCAAGUAUCUUGCCCCAAUUGUUGGUGGGGAAUCAGCGCAAAGUGAAAAAUACAUUGCUGCCGAGAGGAUAGAAUUUCUGCCCAUCCCGCCACGAUCUCUCACAAGAACAAUGGCAUUCAAUCCAACUCAAGGGUAUGGUAAAAAAGAAUUUCGGAAGCCGAGGGCAGUGCUUGCUUUACCUCUUCUUCUGCUCGCUGCGAACGCAUGGCGAACCAAGGAGGAGCCCACACUCGUCUCGCAAAUACUGAACUUACCGAUGUAUCCGAUUUUAAUGAUGGAAGGAAGUCGACGGGCGUACCUUCUAAACCCCAUUCUAUGGCCUCUGCUGUUCAGCACCAUGUCCUACUUCCUUGAGGUUACCACCGUAACCAGCCUUUGGUUCUUUCUCCACUACUCAUGGUCGCCUAUCGAACUAUUUGGUGCUCUCGAUCAACGUCUCCUUCAAAUUAACUAUGCCAAAACACUUCUUCCAACGAUUAUUUUGGGAGCCAUAAUCCCAGCGCUCACAGUCACCGCUUACCCAGAAGCCGAAUUAUCUAAGAAUUUACAGGUUAUUUGGCCUGUAUUGCCCAUUUUCCUUGUCAUCUUGCAUCGCUUGUUUGCCAGCUUGGUACAAGAUAGCACGCCAUUUGAUCGUUUCUACCGUGUGAAAGCAGAUCUCCCUUCGAUUAGACGUGCCGUCAUUCCCGCUGCCUUCGUCACGAUGAUAUUGUUUCAAUACCUCAGGUUUACCGGCACGGGCCCAAUAGCUUCGCCACUACAGGAUAUCCCAAGAGCGUUGGGAGGUAUUCUUGGAUCCGAGCUUGGGAGUUUUAUUUGGAUGGUGCUUCUGUUCAAAGAUCUUAAAAACGCAAGGAUGAUCGAGACAAGCUGGUUUAUCUUACUUGCUGGCUACGUUGCAUCAGUAAUCGUCAUUGGAUCUGGUGCGACACUUCUGGCGGCAUGGCUGUGGAGGGAGGAAACUUUGGCUACGAAGAGGCAUUGGGCGGCGGUGACGAAAGCAGAGUAG